AACGCUCGAAUAGUUUAUGUAUUACGCGACCGUCCAUCGCAGAGUAGAUAUAAUAAGUGCAACAGGUCAUUUCUUCAAUUGGAUUCGAGAGAACAAAAUCGACAAUCGAUACUUUAUGGAAACCUGUAACUUCAAAUCCAAUUAUCAUUUCCGGGUUAGCACACUCUCUAUUCGCGAGUCGAUUGUGUGAACGGUUCACAUUGUAGAUAAAUAAGCAAGAACGUGUGUGUGGGCUCAUUUUUAUGAAAAUCGUAAUUGCCCACGAAGGUCAAUCGCUACUACGGAGACUAUUGUGUGUGCGUUAGUACUUCACUAUCUACAUUAAUCAAUUAAAAUAAUAUUAUCUGCUGUGGCAAGCGCACCAGUGUACUGUUGUUUUUUCUAUAAAAUUGAUGUGUGCAUUUUCAUGUGCAAUGAUGUCUGAGGAGAAUGUCAGCCAGUUGAUAAGUGUGGAAGAAUUUCGGAAAAAGAUCGCAAAAGAUGCAAGUCUACCGCAAAAUAUCGACGAUAUACUACUGCAACGUUUCUUGAAAGUGUACGAUAACAAAGACCUGAAAAAAUCGUUAGAUCUCCUAAAAUACAACUUAAUCACACGCAAAAAUGGUUCACAAAUAUUCUUCAAUCGGGAUCCGCUCAGUGACGAAACACAGACAGCUUUGCGAUCGACAUUAUUUUGUCCCAUGCCAAAAUUACUGGACGACCAAUAUCGCGUGAAUAUCGUUUCGUUAAUCGACUACGAUGUCAGUCUAUUCGAUUACAUUCAGGUGGUAAAAAUGGCUAUGAUGAAUUUCGAUGCUCGGUUCAUCGAAUAUGAUAAUCCAGAUCGGAAAGUGUGUUGGCCCACUGAUAUGGAACAUCAUUUUCGGGGCUCUUGCUAAUAUGUAGAUAUCGACGAUUUUCUGUCGUCCUUAGUUUAAAUUUGGAUCAUCGUCGUCUACAGUUUUUUUUUUAAAUAAAAUAUCGGGACGAACUAGUGCUCAUCGAUUGUGUU